GUCACUUAUGCGCGCGGCCGAGGAGGGGGCGGGGCCGCGCGGGUUCUGUGCACACUCGCGCCAUGAGCGAGGCGGACGGGCUGCGGCAGCGCCGGCCUCUGCGGCCGCAGGUGGUCACGGACGAUGGGCCAGCCCCGGAGACUGAGGAGGGCAGCUCUUUUAGUGGCCGAGUUUUCCGAGUGACCUUCUUGAUGUUGGCGGCUUCUCUCACGGUUCCUGUGCUCGGAGCCAUGGUACUGCUGGACUCUCCCAUAGACCCACAACCUCUCAGCUUCAAAGAGCCCCCUCCCUUGGUUGGUGUACUGCAGCCAAAUACAAAGUUACGACAGGCGGAAAGGCUAUUUGAAAAUCAACUUGUUGGACCAGAAUCUAUAGCAAAUAUUGGGGAUGUGAUGUUCACCGGGACUGCGGAUGGCCGGAUCCUCAAGCUGGACAACAGUGAAGUAGAAGUCAUAGCUCAGCUUGGCUCGGGCCCCUGCAAAUCCCCUAAUGACGAGCCUGCUUGUGGGAGACCGCUGGGUAUCCGGGCAGGGCCCAAUGGGACCCUGUUUGUGGCUGAUGCCUACAAGGGACUAUUUGAAGUGAAUCCCUGGACACGUGAGGUGACUCUCUUGCUGUCCUCAGAGACCCCUGUUGAGGGGAGGAAGAUGUCCUUCGUGAAUGACCUCACAGUAACUAGGGAUGGGAGGAAGAUUUAUUUCACAGAUUCUAGCAGCAAAUGGCAAAGACGAGAUUUUCUACUCCUGAUUAUGGAAGGCACCAAUGAUGGGCGCCUGCUGGAGUACGACACGAAGACCAAAGAAGUCAAGGUCUUGCUGGACCAAUUGCGGUUCCCUAAUGGGGUGCAGCUCUCUCCUGCUGAGGACUAUGUCCUGGUGUCAGAGACGACAAUGGCAAGGAUUCAGAGAUACUACAUCUCUGGCUUGAUGAAAGGAGGGGUGGAUCUGUUUGUGGACAACCUUCCCGGAUUUCCAGACAACAUCCGGCCCAGUGGCUCCGGAGGGUACUGGGUCAGCAUGGCCACCAUCCGCCCCAGCCCCGGCUUCUCCAUGUUGGAUUUCUUGUCCAAGAGACCCUUUAUAAAAAGAGUGAUUUUUAAGCUCUUCAGUCAGGAGACUUUGAUGAAGUUGGUGCCGCGGUACAGCCUUGUCCUAGAGCUCAGCGACAGUGGAACCUUCCAGAGAAGCUUGCAUGACCCUGAUGGCCAGGUGGUCACCUAUGUCAGUGAGGCACAUGAGCACAACGGACACCUGUACCUGGGCUCCUUCAGGGCCCCAUUCCUCUGCAGACUCAACCUCCAGUCCCUGUAGCUGCCAGGCUGUGGCUCUGGGCAUCAGAGUCCUGUUCCAUGGACGUAGCCCUCUUCCCAUGUGUCACAGCCCUGGCCCGGCUUUGUGUUGAGCAGGAAGGUCCAUCUGUCACAUGGAAUGGAUGAGUGUUUCCUCUGGAUAGAACUUUUUCAAGUCUGGAGCACUCGGGAGCCCCUAGAUGGAGGGCCUGGGGUCCAGUAGAUUGAGUGUCACACGAGCUGUUGGGAGGUUGUCCCACCAUUUUCCAUCUGUGCUAUAAAGCGGGGUGAUCUUUUUCUUGGGAGGGCAGCGUGGGAGAGGUGGGGAGAAUGUGCAAAGGUGUGGUGAGGCGGGGCUGCGUGCUCAGGUGUCAGGACUGCAUGUUCCUGGCCACAGAUCCAGCCCUGGUUCUUGGGUGUCCCCCUCUCGCUCUGCUCUGCUGACCGACCUCUGUCCUGGAGGCUGCCCAACACCUCUGUGUCUGCGUGGGUGCCCAGGAGAAGCAUGUGGAUUCUGGUGCACUGAGAGGACCCACCCUGAACUACUGGCUGGUGAAUUGCAGGACUGGGAGCUCAGACUCAUGGGGGGCACCAGGGACAGGCUUGUGGCCACCAUUGUGCCUCACAUCUACAGGUUCCAGGAGAGCAUGUGGCCACCUCCCAUUUGUCUGAGGGCCAAGCCCUGAGUGCUGUGAGCCUUGACAGAUAUGUAUGUACACCCCUGGGUCCUCAUUUGGAAGAGCCACUCGAUCAUUAAAUGACUAUUAAAUGACUAUUUUACUGAUAA